GUUUUAUAACCGGCGUGCACCAGAUAAUAAAUAAACUUUGCUGCCACAAAAUGUUGCAACAUUUUAAAAGGCUGCUCGUUCGCCGACAAUUUACUAGUGCCGCAGCUCAAGUACAGACCAGUGAACCAAAUAGGAGUAGUAAACCUCUAAUCACCUGUCGCCGCACACAGUUCAAUCUUCUCGAGCUCGAGAGAUCGGAUGCAAAGUUUGGGGCAGUGCCACUGUGCUCCAAAGGCUGGCUGCACAACAAGUCGAAGGGCGAUCACUUUACGCUAAAUGCUAUCAUCACAGGUGAGCAGCGCCAGGCGGCGAUGCACACUCUGCAAACAUUUUUAGCUGCUGGACAACUAGAGAUGGAGCAGCAGCUGCUGAAGAAUCUACAAACGGAACUGGGCAUUAAGCACCUCACGGACAUCCAGGCACAAGCCAUUCCCAUUGUGGAUGGCAGUUUCCACACACUCAUUGCCGCCGAAACAGGUUGUGGCAAGACUUUGGCCUAUUUGCUGCCUGUGAUUAACAAAAGGUUGAAGUUCCUCCAAAGAGAUGCAAACGAGAGCCAAUUGAAUGCACCCACAGUGUUGAUACUCACGCCUGGACGUGAGUUGGCCACACAAAUCGCACAGAUUGCCAGCAAACUGUGUGAGGGCACAGACUUAAAAGUGAAGGCGUUGCUGGGAGGGAAUACAAAGCAGCAGAUGAUGAACCCAGAGUUCGAAAAGAUGGACAUCUUGGUAGCCACACUAGGCGCGGUAAGCAAACUGGUUACCACGGGCAUUUAUCGCAUGGAGCAGGUACGUCACGUGGUGCUGGACGAAGCGGACACACUGCUUGACGAUUCAUUCACCGACAAACUCACAUAUUUCCUGCGCAGAUUCCCCUUCCACAGGAAUCAUGUGCAAGAUGCGAGCAUUGUGGGAACACAGCUGCUUUUGGCCUCAGCCACUAUGCCCACGAAUACGAGAGAGAUACUGCAGAAGGUGAUCGAUGUGGAGACCAUCAGGGAUGUAGUAAGUCCUCAUCUGCAUUACCUGAUGCCGCACGUCACCCAGAAGUUUAUGCGCAUCAGCAAAGCGGAUCGACCAGCAAAUCUUCUGCUGCUGGCCAAGCAGGACAAAGCAAAGAAGCGACCGUUUAUUGUGUUCAGCAACAAGUCGACCACGAGUGAUUAUGUGUCCAUCUUUCUGAACAACAGCGGCAUCAAUUGCCUCAAUCUAAACGGUGACAUGCUAAUGAAGAUCCGCUUGGGACGCUUCGAGGAGUUUCAGCGUGGAAACUGCGACGUCUUGUCCACCACAGAUGUGGGGAGUCGUGGCUUAGACACGACGCGAGCUCGUCAUGUGAUUAACUUUGAUUUCCCGCUGCAUGUUUCUGAUUACAUUCAUCGCUGCGGACGCAUUGGACGCGUGGGUAGCAUGGACAAAUCGCUGGUAACUAACUUUAUAUCAUCGAGACGCGAAAUCGAUGUGGUGCAACGCAUCGAGCAUGCGGCACGCACUGGCGGCUUGCUUCCCGAUGUAAAUGCGAAUAUUAAAAACAUCAUUAACAAGCGCAUUAUGGCUGAGAUGAAGCAGGCGGGCAUUGCAGUGCCCCAAGAGGAGGCAUUCUAGUGUACAAAUAGUUCAUAAUUAAAGUUUGUUG